CGUUUUAGCCAGCUCUGUAUGGAGUGGAUCUUCUGGUGACUGGUUGGUUGCGUACCCGAGCCGGGGUGCGGGAGCGCAGCCACGCCGCGCCAGUCGGCCGCGCGCUCUCACCCCGCGGAGGACGCUCGCUGGCUACUUCAGGAAUACGCACCGUAGUGCCGUUAUAACAUGAGGGGUCUUCUCGUGUUGGCCCUCGUGGUCGCAGUCAUAUGCACAGCCGACGCAGAGCGGCACCGGCGGCGCCACCGGCGACUGCGCACCACCACCACGGAGCGUCCGGCGCCGCCCGACCUGGCGGCUCCCGUGCGCGAGGAUUCGGAGGCCGAGCAUCUUGAGCUUGGCAUGGCGGAGCGACUCGACGAGCGCCGCUUCCAGGAAGCUGAGAGAUCCCGCGUCAACGAGAUCAUGAACGAGGCUUCUUCUCACGAGGGAGGCGGCAGCGACAACGAAGUCAACCUGCUAGAUGACCCGUGCCUGCGCGUGCACUGCAGCGCCGGCCGCGUGUGUGAGAUCGACGAGCACGGCGACGCCGUCUGCAACUGCAUCAAGGAGUGCCCCUACGAGACCGACUCGCGCCGCAAGGUGUGCACGAACCACAACGAGACGUGGUCGUCGGACUGCGAGGUGUACCAGCAGCGCUGCCUGUGCCUGGACGGCUCCGAGCUGUGCCGCGGCCCGCAGUACCACCACGUGCAGAUCGAGUACUACGGCACCUGCCGCGAGAUGCCGGAAUGCAGUGAAAAUGAGAUGCUGGACUUCCCACGGCGCAUGCGCGACUGGCUGUUCAACAUCAUGCGCGACAUGGCGGAGCGGCGCGAGCUGACGCCGCACUACCUGAAGAUGGAGCGCGAGGCCGAGUCCAACCUCACGCGCCGCUGGACCAACGCCGCCAUCUGGAAGUGGUGCGACCUGGACGCGCACGACAAUGACAGAUUCGUGUCCCGGCACGAGCUGUUCCCGAUCCGAGCGCCGCUGAUGUCCCUGGAGCACUGCAUCGCGCCCUUCCUCGACCGCUGCGACGAGGACGACGACCACCGCAUCACUCUCGCAGAGUGGGGCAAGUGCCUGCAGCUCGACGAGUACGAGCUGGAGGACCGGUGCGACGAGUUCACCGAGGAGGCGCCGGUGGGCGUGUAGACGCCGUCCGCGACGCCCAGCGCUCGCGGGACUGCGCAGCCGCCGCGCACUCCACAGAGAUUCAUACUUUAGUUGACAUAAACUUAAUGUUACGUUACAUAAUUUACUUUAAAAUAAUUAAACUUUCAAGUAAAUCGGCUGUUCUGAGCCUUUGUAAAUACCAAUUACUGUGAUGAUGCUACCAAAAGUUUGAUAUUUUACAAUAAACUCCAGAAAAUUGUA